AUGACAAAUGAGACUACUGGAAGGACACAAAAUCAGCAAAGCAGGGAGGUAAACCAAAACCUGUCAAAGAAACAGCUUACAAGACAUCAACAAGAGAAAGACACCUACAUUCAGAAGGAAACAUAUCAGCAGGCUGAAUUACAGGAAGAACAGUGGCAGACUCAAAGGAAAAAGCAGCACCAAAACCAGGAAACUAACAACUCCAAGUCAGUGUGGAGACCAGUUUCACCACAAACACAAAGAAGCAGAAACAGCCAACAACAGGAACAAGAAACAGCAGGAACAGCAGGAAACAGGAAAUACAGAGACAGAACACAACAAUGGACUUCAACAAAAACAAGGAGAAGUUUCUGGAGGUAUGGAUGGGGGUGUCAGGAGAUAGCCUCUAACUUGCAGGAUGGGGCUACCAAAGGGGGGAAAUUGCCUCAUGUUAUGCAUGAGGGGUUGGAAUAUGACCCUAGUACAGACCAUAGAGCCUCUAAUAGUGCUGAAAACAUACUACAACAAGGAAAACAGCAACAACUUCUGCAGCAGGUACAAAACAGAGACAAAAGCAAACAAACUGCCAAGGAAAAUGAUGAGAAACAGCAAACUAAAAAAAGGAAUGAAAAAGAUCAAGGGAAACAAAAUGAUACAAUUGCUACUGACAACACUCCUAAGAGUAAGAAUAAGCCAAGUAAACAAAAAAGAGAUGCUGCAAAAAGGAGGCAAAACAGACUGCAAGAAAGGGAGAGUGAACAGGAGCAGGAUGGAAGGGAAGAAUCUUGUAACAAAUUUAUCAUGGUUGAUGAUAACCAUGGAUUAGAUAUUCUUCCCCUACAAGCUCAGUAUGAAUAUGUUGUGGAUAAUUCAGAGGAUGAAAUGGAUGGGGACAAUCAUUCCAUAGAAGAGGUUGAGGAAGAUGAUGAGACUAGUGAGGCCCUCAUUAGGGCCUUUAGUCCACAUAAUGAUCAGACCUUGGAGGAAGAAAUCCAACAGAUAACAUAA